AUGAUGAAAGAGAGAUGCAGAAAAAGUACUGCAUCUAUUAACUGUUCAUUUUAUUCUUCUCCAGUGUAUUUGUUUUAAUUUAUUGUGAACUUCCAUAUUUUAAUUCUUCAUAGAACUAAUUACAUGUAGUAAAAAUUUGAACUACAAAACAGCAAAAUAAUGAGUAGUGUUGAAUAAUACUUGCAGGUCAUAUGAUUACAUUUAUUUUAUGUAAAGUAUUACAUGUUGUCUUUGUUGUCAGCGACUUUGAUGGCUAUUGAAAAUUCCAUGGCUCAUUGUUAUUUAUGUUUUACAGCCCAUUCAACCUCCAAGUCUGAUCAGGUUGUUAAGAGAGAAAUAUGUUCAAUAAUAACAAAAGGUAAGUUCUUAAUUUUUUGUAUCAGUAAUCUCAAACAAGACUUGCUAUGCAAUUGUCACAAAUUCAUGCAAAUAAUGUCCCUAGUCACUCAAGUCACCCUAGUAAUAGUCACCAUAGUCACCCAAGUUACCAAAGGCACCUCAGUCAUCCUAGUUACCCUAGUCACCCAAGUCACUCCUGUCAGCCAAGUCACCCUAGUCAUUCAAGUCACCCUAGUCUGCCAGGUCACCCAAGUCACCGUAGUCACCCAAGUCAGGGAUCUUGUUUACUGUGGGUAAUGUCGACCGAGAGAUAUCGGUCGAUAUAGCGGUCGAUAUAGCGGUCGACACUCGGUCGAUAGUCGGUCGACACUCGGUCGACACUCGGUCGAUACUUGGUCGACACUCGGUCGAUAGUCGGUCGACAGUCGGUCGAUAUAGCGGUUGAUAGUCGGUCGAUAGUCGGUCGAUAGUGGGUCGACACUCGGUCGAGACACGGCCAAUAGUUGUUCCAGAUGUGUCUCGGCCAAUAUAGCUUUUCGUUCACCGACACUUCGCCGACAUUUCGCCGACACUUUGCCGAUACUUGGUCGAUAGUUGGUCGAUACUUGACCGAUGUGUCGGUCAGUAAUUGGUCGACACUCGGUCGAUGGUCGGUCGACACUUAGCAUUUCCUACAUUUUCCUACAUUUUUGCGGGACCACAGGAGCAGCAGAUUCAACUUAGGUAAUAGUUGUUCCAGAUGUGUCUCGGCCAAUAUAGCUUUUCGUUCACCGACACUUCGCCGACAUUUCGCCGACACUUUGCCGAUACUUGGUCGAUAGUUGGUCGAUACUUGACCGAUGUGUCGGUCAGUAAUUGGUCGACACUCGGUCGAUGGUCGGUCGACACUUAGCAUUUCCUACAUUUUCCUACAUUUUUGCGGGACCACAGGAGCAGCAGAUUCAACUUAGGCUGAGACAGGUUCUGUUUAACAGCUAAAACUCAGACGAUCGGUGAUGACACAAACUGGAAAAAAAAGGUUAUCAUGUCCUUAGUUCCCAGUGCUCUUCGGUUCUCUUCAUAGCGUAAUCGCGCCUUGCUUUGCCACAUGUUCCCCAUCGCAUGAUAACAGUAAUUAAUGACGUCUUUGCUUAAAAAAAAAAUCCAUUGGACUCACCUGAUAAAUUAACACCCGACUAAUAUUGAGCGACAGUUGACCGAUAUACCACCGACAGUUGACGAUAUACCACCGACAGUUCACCGAUAUACCACCGACAGUUGACUGAUAUACCACCGACAGUUGACCGAUAUAUCACCGACAGUUGACCGAUAUAUCACCGACAUAUGACCGAUAGUAAGUCGAGGUGCGUCGACGGAAUAUCGACCGAUACUCGGCCGAUAGUCUAUCUCACUAUCGACCGACUAUCGACCCACUAUCGACCGACCAUCGACCGACUAUCGACCGACUAUCGACCGACUAUCGACCAACUAUCGACCGACUAUCGACCGACUAUCGACCAACUAUCGACCGACUGUCGACCGACUAUCGACCGACUGUCGACCGCUAUAUCGACCGCUAUGUCGACCGAUAUCUCAGUCGACAUUACCCACAGUAAACAAGAUCCCAAGUCAGACCACCCAAGUCAGACUAGUCACCCAAGUCGCCCUAGUCAACCAAGUCAACAUAGUCAUUCUAGUCACCCAAGUCACCAGUCACCCAAGUCACCCUAGUCACUCUAGUCACCCCCUCCACCCUACUCACCCUUGUCACCCUCGGCACUAUAGUCACCCAAGUUACCAAGGGCAUAGUCACCCAAGUCACUGUUGUCACCCAAGUCAUUCUAGUCACCCAAGUCACCUAAGGCACCUCAGUCACCCUAGUCACCCAAGUCACCCAAGCCACUCUAGAAACCCUAGUCACCCAAGUCAUCCUAGUCACCUAAGUAGGCCAAGUCAGCCUACUCACCAAAGUCACUCUUGUAACCUUAGUCACCCUGGUUACCCAAGGCACCCUUUUCACACCCUAUUCACCCAAGUCACCCUAAUCACCCAUGUCACUCUAGUCACACAAGUCACCCUAGUCAUCCAAGUCAGCCUAGUUACCCAAGUCAUCGAAGUCAGCUAAUCACCCCACUCUCUUAAGUUACCCAAGUGAACUCAGUCACCCUAGUCACCUGAGUCACCCUAAUCACGCAAGUCACCCUUUUCACCCUAGUCACCUAAGUCACCCAAGUCACCCUUGUCACCCUAUUCACCCAAUUCACCCAAGUCACCCUUGUCACCCUAGUUACCCAAGUCACCCAAGUCAGCUUAUCAACCUACUCUCUUAAGUUACCCAAGUCAACUCAGUCACCCAAGACACCUCAAUCGCCCCAGUCACCUGAGUCACACUAAUCACCCAAGUCACCCAGUCACCCUUGUCAUGCAAGUCAUUCUAGUCACUUGAGUCACCCUAGUCACCCAAGUCACCCUUAUCACCAACGUCAGCCAAGUCUCCUUAGUCACCCAAGUCACCCUAAUUACCCAAGUCACCCUAAUUACCCAAGUCACCCCAGUCACCUAAGUCACCCUUAUCACCAAAGUCACCCAGGUCACUCUAGUCACCCUUGUCACCCAAGUCACCUUAGUCUCCCAGGUCACCCUAGUCACCAUAGUCACCCCAGUCACUCAAGUCACCCAUUUCACCCUAGUGACGCAAGUCACCCUACUCACCAAAGUCACUCUUGUAACCCUUGUCACCCAAGUUACCCAAGUCACUUAUGGCACCUCAGUCACCCUAGUCACCCUACUCACCCUAGUCACCUUAGUUACCCAAGUCACCCAAGUCAGCUAGUCACCCUACUCUCUUAAGUUACCCAAGUCAACUCAUUCACCCUAGGCACCUCAAUGAUCCUAGUCACCCUUGUCACCCAAGUCACCCUAGUCACCCAAGCCACCCUUGUCACUCUCGUCACCCAAGUCACCCAAGUCACUCUUAGACUAGUAACCGAAGUCACCCUUGUCACCCAAGUUACCCAAAACACCUCAGUCACCCUGGUCACUUAAGUUACCCAAGUCAUCUCAGCCACCCUAGUCUCCUUACUCAUCCAAGUCACCCUUGCUAUCUUAGUCAUCCUAGUCACCCUACUCACCCAAGUUAUCCAAGUCACCUCAGUCACUCUUGUAAGUUUGGUCACCCUAGUCACCCAAGUCACCUAGUCACCUUUGUCUCAGUAGUCAUCUUAGUCACCCAAGUCACCCUAGUUAGCUUAGUCACCCUAGUCACUUAAGUUACCCCAGUCACCUUACUCACCCUACUCACCUAAGUUAUCCUAGUCACCCUUGUCACCAUGGUCACACCAGUCACUAUGUUCUCCCUAGUUACCUUAUAUGCAUAUGAAAAUUCAUAUCCAUUUAUGUUAAUGCAUGCAAUUUUUUGCCAAGUACUUCCUUCUUUUGUAAGUUGAAAUCUUUUUUUUUAUUUGCAGGAACAAAGACAUACAGUUUUCUAGAUGGAGACUGUACAGAAAGUGAGGCUGCAUACCUUUUGGCCAUUUCUGAAAAGGUAAUAUUGACUGCCACUUAGCUGUGAUGGGCUGUUAUUACAAUUUAGGAUUAGGAGUCGGGUGAGCUCUGAAACUGUGAAGUUAAGAGUGCACAGUACAGCAUUAAUAUGUUUUGUACAAAGCUGAUUUAGUUUGUCAGAUCCUGUUGUCCAUAAAUUGUUCCUAUUCUCUCACUCAACUUAAGGUUUGUCAUCCCUCAUAGUAAGUCACUAGAAGCCAUCAGGCAAUGCUUUAGCACAACCUGGUGCAGUAUUUUCUGAUGGCAUGCAACAGUUUAUUAAUUUCAAUUAUUGUAUUAGGGAUCUGAUGAUGUCUCAGGAGGAGAGAGUCUUUAUGGUGUCUGCUUUGUGGAUACAUCCAUUGGAAAGUUUCAUGUAAGUACAAAAAAAUGCACUUUAUUUGUCAAUGAGUGUCAAUAUAUAUUAAGUGUGAAAGUACUAAUUGGGAACACUUUUUUAAUGUCUCCAACUGGAGACUGGGCCGCCGUUUUAUGUAGUCAUCCGAGCCAUGCAAAGGUCUACCUGGUUGCAGGGCAAGGGUAUUGCCAUCAUGUAUCAGUUAUUUUAAGACCCUGAGUAUUGUCCAGCCCCGGGAAAAGAACCCGCGACCCCUCGCCCCAGCUCUGCAGUCAAACAGACUACUGACUGAGCUAAUCCAGCCAGUUACGUCAAUUGUUUUUUUGCAACAGGGCUUGCAAACUUGUUGUCUGUUGGUGUAGAGGGGUUUUACAUAACCUGUUAAUAUGAUAGUAGACCACUAUGCAGUGAAUUUUUUUUCUUUAAAGAUUGGCCAAUUUCAAGAUGAUCGUCAGUCUUCUCGCCUUAGGACUCUGGUUGCUCAUUACACCCCAGUUCAGGUUUGACUUGAUUUGUUGAUUUAGUGGGUUUUUACAUGACACCAGGGCGACUUUCGUGCCGGUGCGAGUUGACUCCAGUUCCCUCUCAUGGCUCUACAUUUGUUUACAUGAUACCACCACAAAAUAUCAUGCCGGCAUGAGUCACCCCAGCGUGAGUUCACCCCGGUUGUUGUACCAGGGCGAGAAUUUCACUCCAGUACAAAAUCUCACAACAGUAUCUUGUAAACGCGAAACGACCACAUGUUUCGGUGUGAAAUCGGUCUGCCGGUAGACUGAAAUGGGUAGCGCAUGCGUAAUGUUUGCAAUUUUGAAUCUUACGUGUACUUCAUCAACUUGAAGUGUACCUGCAAGUAUCGAGAUAUGAAAUAACCCAGUCAUGAUGUAAAUGCGAUAUGAAACAAAAAUACCCUGUUUUCAUUCCUUAUUAAAAAUUAUCAUGCAGUAACAGGGGCAUUAUUUUGUAGGUUUUGUGUCCUCGUGGUGGUUUAACAUUAAAAACUCAGCAUGUUCUUAACCAUGAGCUGAUGUCUUCCAUGAAGGAGUAUUUGACACCAGGUACUAUAAUUAUGCUAGGUCAUUAUUGUCAGUCUGAAAAGAUUAGUUAGUAAAGCUGUCUUGUUAAUAUGCCACAUUUGAAAAUUUCCAUAAUGUCUUCUCUAGAAUGAGAUUGUGCUAACCAGUUAAUUUGUAAAACGACCUUGGAUUCCGUUUUUCAAUGAUUUCAGCCACUCAGUUUGGUUGAAAUGUCAACCGUCUCCACCCCAUAACCUGUGGGAAGUGCUGGGAGAGAGAUCCCCAUGGGUAAGGGGGGAAGGAUUGGGUGGGGAGACGGAUAACAUUUCAGACUACCACUCAGUGCUAAGGGCUGGGUAGAAGGGGUUGGGGUUAGUGACUCAACAGUUUUAUUUAGGAUAUGAUGGUAGACCAUCGUUCCUUUUCUAAACCCCCUAUGUACACCAGGACUUGAAUUUUAUACCCUGCUUGUUGGGAGCGAUGGAAACAACCCCAUACUGAGGUGCUUAAAAUCCAUCCUCUGCAUCUGAUAUGUUUGCUUAUUCUUUCAACAUCUUUAGGACAGACACCCCGUGGACACGGGAUCAUUGUCAAUUCUGGGAAUCUGCCCAUCUACCCCUCCCCUAAGCCAACAUUUUGCCCCAAGUGAGAAGUAAGUGUUAAUGUGAGCUUAGGGAAGGGGUAGGUGGGCAGUUUCCCAGAAACGUAUAAUGAUCCUGGACAAGCACCAAGUUACUGUCUUACAGAGGUGUCUGCCUUAUGGAGAGUCUGAAAAAGGCUGAAGAGUGCAGGGUUCGUUCAAAGUAUUGAAUUGUUUUUGAAAAAGUCUUUUUCAAGAAAUUUGCCCAGCCUUUUUGCAGACCUGGAAAAAGUAUGGAAAAUCGAGAUAAGGUCUUGAAAAAUGGUAAAAAGUCUUGAGGUUUUUUUUGCAACAAGUGCUCUAUUAAGUGACAUUUUUUUCGUUUUGGUCAAAUCUUACUCAAUCUUUCCCAUACGUUUGCAGCGUAUCAUGUAAAAACGCUUUCUUCCUGCAUUUUUGUAAGGUCGCCAUUUAUCACCUAUUUUAUAACGGUGAGUCUGGAAAAAGAAACUAUUGUUUGGAAAGAGUUUGGAAAAAGUCUUGAAUUUUGGAUUUAAAAAUCUGUAUUAACACUGAGAGUGGUAGGGGCCAACAUCAGGUGUCCAUCUGAUAAAGGGAGCUAUUAAGAGAGAGUUGCAGUGUACAGCAAAGUAGUUCUACAUCAGUGCAAGGAUUCAUCUUGCAUAACCAGUACUUGACCUUAUUUAUCUUAAGCUGUUGUUGUUUUGUGACUGCUAUCUUUUGCAGGAUCACAAUUCUGGGAAGCAGGAAAGACACUGAAGGUCUUAGCAGAGGAAGAGUAUUUCAAGGAAGACAAAAAUAGCACGGAGAAUUCAGUAAAGGUAAAUUUCUACUUCAGCAUAAAAUAUCAGUUGUAGUGAAUGUUAAGAGGAGUGGAGGGAGGAUGAACUGCAUAACAAGACAUGCCAUGUUCAUGCAGCUGUAUACAUUUGACCCUCCCUUGCAAUCAAGCCUUCAUGCCCCUCUAAGUUUUCCUCUUGUCCACUGUACUGUUUUAAUUGUGUUUUGGUAUGAUUUUUGUCUAUCCUUUUUCACGUUAUUGGAAAUGCUUUGCCCUUUUCUCAAACCUUGUAGAGACAACUGUUUUGUGGGAGUACCUUCAGGAUGCUAUUCACAUUUAAGCUCCCACUUCCCUGUAGCAAGUUUCUUUAGGUUAUUACUUUCUUGUACAAAUUUUAACUUACACCAUCCAUCACUCCUGAUAAGUGAAAAUAAUAUUGUUUUCUGUUACAGAGUUGGCCAGAUGCAUUGAAAAGAUGUACUGAUGGAGGUAGUACACGCCUUGGUUUACUGUAACUACGUGUAUAAAAAAUUCUUUUUGAGAUAUUAAUGGCCCUCAACUGCUUUUAGGAGAGGCAAUUCUGUGAUUUACUACCAGGCUAGUGUUACUUACAAUGUAGAGAGGCUGACAUUUGACAUUUCAAGAACUGAUAAACCUGUGGUCAAACUAACUGGUAACACUUUCAUGAUCGAAUUGGAAUUUGGUUGAGUUAGUUCUCAAGGAAAGGGGAAAACCAGAAUUCCUGGAGAGAAAUUUCUCAUGACAGAGAAGAGAACUAUAAGUCAAACUCUACUCAUACAUGAUGUAGACUACGGGACUUGAAGUCGGGUCACAAGUGGUGUUGCUAUUGCUCCACCCCUAAUUGCCAUGAAAACAUUUUUUUAAGAAUAUAUACCUACAUGUAUAUAACUCUGUCAACUUUUCAGUGUGAGAUGAUUUCCCCAUAUUAGUUGAAAAUACAAAGUUUUAGUACAGUACAUGUAGUGUCUGUCUGCAGUAAAAUGGGACAAAUUACAGUCAGGGCAGGGCAAGCAUACCCACCAAGAUUGCAUUUAUGAAUUUAUUAUUAAAAGGUUGAAUUAAUUGGUAGUUGUAGAUUUCAGUUUCAUCUCUACACUCCUGCAUACGUAAUGAGUGGUGAAAUCACAUGCGAGGUAGUCAUGAAAUUUCUGCCAGCUCAGUUUUCUUGAAUUUGAGGUAAAUGUCUUUGAAACAGUUUUAUCCAUUCUGACUGAAUACAGAGGAACUAUAUAUCGUGAAAAGGUCACUGCUCAUUACAGAUGCAGGAAUGCAGAUUGGAAUUUAAGACUGGUUGCGGCAACAACUAACAGAUGCAUUUUUUAAAUAAUCAAUUCAUUAAUGCAAUCUUGGGGGGUACACUUGAUCUGCCUUUACUGUAGGGUGGCAAAACUUGCCUGUUAAGUGCAUCUUUCCCCAAUUUUUCCACGUUUUGAAGUUAGAGAUUCUUUUUCCAAAAAGUGGCUUACUUUUGGCAUCCUAUUCUACUUUAUUCGAUUAGUAAAAUAAUGUUUUGAACCCAGGAUUUCAUAUCAUAAAGCAGUAGUUUUAAACUAAAUUCUGGCCAGUCCCCAGUGUUUUGACUAGUAAGCAAAAUUUACACCAAGUGUAGUUUUGGUAAGCUGGUUUUCGUAGUUCCCUCUACUCCCACAUGUAAUACAUUGUUUUUUUGUUUUGUAGACCCCUUGGGCUUGAUGCCAGGUGAUGGAAGUGAGCUUGCCCUCAGUGCGCUUGGUGCUGUAGUGUGGUAAGAAGUAUCAGUCUUGUAUAUAUUGCGGUUAAUUUUUUAUUUCAGUUAAUUUUUGUUUUCCUUUGUUUAAAAUUCAUUAGCACAUAUUACCAUACCCAAGAACAGUGGAAAAAGAUAACUGCAACAUAUUCACCAAGUAACCCAGGGUUAUCAAUAAGUACAUGUACCAGCCAAAGACAGGAUUUCAUUUCCCAUGAUCACAAUUUUGACUUUUUGUUUCUAAUCUGCUAUAAUGCUCAACCAGUACAGUAGAGGUUUGCAGUGAUUAGUAUGUUCUUGUACUAGAAGGUAUUGUUUAAGACAGCAGAACAGUCAUUUGAUUUGGAGGUACUCUGUUGUUUCCCUGUAUUUACAACAUUUUACAGUAGAGGUGCAAGCUCCCAUAAGCAGCUACCUAUCUCUUAUUAUAAUAAAUUAUUGAUUGUGAGGGGACCUUUAGGGUCAUUUCAGGUUCGGACGCCUUUUCUGUUUGCUAGGCCUUAUGGAAACUUCACACUUACGACAGCAUUACCUGUUUUAGCAAUUUAGUUUCAUGUGCUUUUCCUCUUUGAAACUUUUAAAAUAGGUAUCUGAAGAAAUGCUUAAUUGAUCAAGAAGUCUUGUCAAUGGGAAAUUUUGAGGUACAUAUUGUCACUGUCCGUUAACUAAGAGAUGUGUAAGUCCAUGAAGACAAAGUCAAUCGUACCUUAGAUUACUUGCAUUUUUCUAACACAUAACACCAAUAACAUCCAAUCAGGUUGAUAACCAGGGCCGAGUUGUUCAAAGCUGGAUUAAGAUAACCCAGGGUUAGUGCGAGAUUUGAAUUAAGAUUUGAAAACUUAAAAAGCAAUUCAGUUUUAAUUCUUUUUGUCCACAAUUUGAUGAUUGGAACCUCUGAAAAUAAGAGAGAAAAUUAUCCGAGAAAAUGCUUUUGAACACAAGAAAAAGAAACCAGCGUUAAAUGUAACCCCGUGUUAAGCGCUAACCGGCCUUCGAACAACUGGGCCCAGAGUUUAAUACCAUGAACUGAUGUGGUACAACUCACUUUGAUUCUGAAGAUGACUGCUGCACAGGUUGUCGAAACGUCAGUCACGUACUGUCAACAACAACAGUCCUAUUCAGGACUACGUUCACCCGGCCAAUCAUAAUCAACCUACUUAUGAAAUGACUCCGUGGUUCAAACCUUUCACCAACCUUUCACCGUCUUGCAUACUGUUAGAUGAGACCAGUUGAUCCUUGUAUUGUCAAAUCAGUUUUCUUCAUGUCCUUUAGCUUAACUUACCGUCCCUUUUAAAGUUCUGCUUCUCAAGCCUGUGAGCUUUACCGAGACUAUUAAGUAUUUUUUCUUGCUUACUCAGCAUUGUAACUUGAAGUCUGAAAAUAGAAAUAAUAAUAUUGCUUUUCAAUUUUGAUUCCAUUCAGGAAUACACUCCUCUGGAUAGUUCUCCAAGCUGUGGUCAGACGGCAACUUUUGCAAAAGGAAGACAACACAUGGUAUAGUAGAGAUGUUUCAUUUCAUAGCCAUUAUUAUGACAUGACUACAAUCAUGCACAAAAGUCUUUGAUAAUUUCUCGACUUGAAUCUCACGUUUGCCGUUUGCCGUUUGCCAUAAACGCGAUGCUUAAUCUGGCUAUUAAUAGAAGAACUCUCGAUUGGAUGGUCAAAAUGUGGCCGCGGCCGCUUUUGGGUGGUGGCCGUUCAAUAAAGGUUUUAUUUACAAUCCUUUUGUACAAUUAUUUUAGGACUUUGAUUACUGGCCGCUUAAAUAGGGGGUGGCCGCUUAAUGGAGAUUCAACUGUAACACACAAAAGCCAGAGAAACUGGCAUCUGAAAGACUGGGGUCUUACACCAUCAGUGCGACCUUCUUCUCGUCCUUAACUGUAAUGUACGAUUUAAUAUGGCUCGGGCCAAGCUAAAAAACUCAACAGUUUAUUUAGCCUCUAAGCACUAACAUUUUUUUGUUCUUAUUUUGAUUCUAAGUUAAACGUAUUGUUGAAUCAUUAUUAUGUCGUUGAACAAAUCAAUAAAGAGAAUUGGGUUGUAUCUACAGAUUCUUGACAACGUAACAUUGAUCAACCUUGAUGUCAUUCCCAGUGGACCCGAUGCAACUUCCGAAGGCACUUUGUUGGACAGGCUAGAUCACUGUUCUACUGCGUUUGGUAUUAACUGUUCCAUUACAUUUCAUACUUCAACUUGAGCUUGUCACCUUGUUAUAGUGGUGAGGCCAGAUUUGAGCAUGUGUUAAUGUCCCAGGAGGUUUGUUUACUUAGAAAGAGAGCCCAGUUUUGGUUUCAAUAAUGAAGAGUUGCAAGACGCUGAGGGUUCAAGGAAUCAUGAUUCUACUGUAAUUCCUGUUCUGUUCUUGCUUCUGUAGUGUUAUGUGUUCUAAUUUGUUUUUGCUGUUUGUUCCUUCACCAGGUAAACGUUUGUUCAAGCAGUGGCUAUGUGCACCUCUGUGUAACCCAGCUGCAAUAAAUGACAGGUACAGUGUACAGCAAACAGCAAUACAACGUCAGCUUAUUACUUCGGCGGAGCAGGAAGUAAAGGUUUCGCGACGCUCAGGAAUGUAUCAAAGUUAGAAUUUUUUGACAAGAUUGGGCAUGCAAAGUCUGUAGGUUUUCGGUUUUAUUCGGCUAUUUGACGAAGUGAGAGCCGAAUUAAUUCGAGAUAUCUCGAGAUCACUUCGAUUUCUUUAAUUUAUUCUUUAACUUUUUCGAGGAAGAAAGAAUUAUUAUUUUGGCUUUCCCGGGGUUUGAACCGACUCACCUGUGUGACCCGUCAGAUCAGAGGAGACUCUAAUUUGAGGGAUUAGCCGAUUGCGCUACUGCGACCCAAGGUAGUUUGGCAUAUGAAAAAUAGUUAUGAAAUCAUGCACUAGUUUCGGGACAAGAUUGGGCGUGCAAGUUCGUGACUUUUCGGCUUGUUUCAACUAUUUCACGAAAUGAGACCGGACUACUUCGUGAUAUCUUGAGAUCACUUCGAGUUUAGUCUUUAAUUACUCGAGGAAUAAAUAGAGGAUAUUUCGUGGCCGCGCAGAGACACGAAAUUUCUCUUCGAGGGUUGAAAAACAUUUCACGAGUGAGCCCUCCUUUCGAACUGUUUGAUGAUGAAUUUAAAGUUACAAAAUGCUGCAAAAAGACAUUUUGUCUUUGUUGAGUAUUACGUGGUCAAAUUGCUUUCAUGCGUUGCGCGACUUUCUCGAACGUUCUCUACGUUUUUGGAUUAGCCAUGAAUAAUUAAUUAGGGCAUGUUUACAUUUCUGCAUGAGUCAGCAGAUUUGCAUCAGUUACUGAAAUCUUAAAAUAUGUCGAAAAGCUACUACUACUCGCCUGCUGUUUAGUAUUCUCUAGAACCUUAUGUCAAACGGUAUACAAGUUCCAGGCGAGUUCUUUUGAAGAACUAAGUGUUUUUCCCACGAGCUGGGCUGCUGUGUUUAGUAAAGUGUGACGAAGGUCGAUUUUCAGGUAUUGUGUUUACAAGUUCGCGGAAGCCGUAAGAUAUCUGAAGUUCAAGUGAGAGUUUGUUAAUAUUGGUAGAGGCUGUUUAGUUUUAUUCAAAGUUCAAGUCAAGUUUGUGUUGGUGGAUGCUGUGUUUUAAAGCUCUGUAAAGGCUAUGUUCCUUUGGUGUUAAACUUCCUUGUGUUAAUCCGACAUCCCUGCAUGCUGAUAGUCAGUGAAUAAUUAUCCUCAAAACAUUCGAACUCGUGACUUUGAGUUUUAGCCAAUUCCAUGCUCAACGUAAUUGUCUGCUUACCCAUGCCUUACAUAUCUUUAAUCAGUACAUGAGACUGCUAUGCUGUUUUUGAAGCCUGAUGUGACUAAGAAAAAUAGAGAAUUGUUUUUUUAGAAGGAUUUGUAUGGAGUCAUCAGAGCACAACUGGGCUAAUUAAUAUCUCGGAGACAAUUUGUCCCUAGCUAGUUUUUGGCAAGUAGGCCUCUUGGAUGUUGCUCUUUUCAGAAUAUCCUGACAAAUCCCAUAAUUUCACAAAUUAACACCUUACUCUAACCAUAUUUGAUUUCUUACUAUUCCUCCGCAUUUACAAUUAAUUGGUUCCACAACCACGACGCCGAAGUGUACGCUCCGUAGCGUCUUGUUUGUUAUUUGUUUGUACACGUAGUUUGACAGCAGAAACUUAACAGAGCCCAAUACUUUCAAAACAAAGAUCAACACAUCAUGAAUGAUUGAAGCCUGUGCCACAGACGAAACUUAACUGUUGGUUAAGUCCGUCUGCGUAACAGCGCUGAAUCCUAGUUCUGGGCCCCCACUUGUAUAGUCAGGAUUUGAGUAUGCGCCAUGAUUGGUCAGUUAAAAAAGCCUUUGCCAAUAGACCAUUUUACAGUUGUGGACUUAGUACCCUAGCCUUCGAGUGAAUGUGAGGCUGACGGUGACCUUGUUUUGAUACAAACCUCCUUUGCUUUGUUAUUGAAAUUGCCCUUGAAAAAUACUAGUUAGCAUAAGAAUAACUUCAUUUACAUAAUAAAGCAGGAAGGUUUGUAUCAAAACAAGGUCACCGUCAGCCUUGCUUCCAUCCAUAGCUGUAAAUUGGCCUAUUUGUCAAUCAGGUUGAACUGAAAUUCGAAACACUUUUCCGGUAAUUCUUUAAGUCCGUUUGGGGCCCAGAAGGAUAUUGCGCUGCUUCGCAGACGUUACUAAUCAGGGCUGGAUUACGUCUGCGACGCAGGCUGCACAUCAUGUUGACCAUUCAUCAUUGCACUCUUGCACUGUAAACCCAAAGUAGCAGAUAUACCUUAAAAUUCCGAAAAUAAGCCCCGGGGCUUAUAUUUUUCAAAGGCCCUUUUUGAGGGGCUUAUUUUUGGAGGGGCUUAUCUAUGGAGGGAAAUUUGCGAUUACAAAUCGAUUGGGCUAGCCUUAUAGUUGGAAGUAAAUUUCCGUUUUUGUGUUGUUUUACUUUGUAUUUGAGGGUAAUUUUCCAAGUACAAGCCCCCGGGGCGCUUAUAUUUGGAGGGGCGAUUUAACGGAGGGUUUUUUGCGUCACCGGUUUGGGGGGCUUAUAUUUGGGGGGGCUUAUACAUGGAGGGGCUUAUUUUAGGAAUUUUACGGUAACAUAAGGGCCCUUCACUAAUGAAAGUGUCUAAAAAUCAAUAUGCAUAUUUUAGGUUUUUGUUAAAGUUCUUUGCCAUCACUGCAUAUUUACAAUGUUAGAUUUCCUUAGGAGAUGUUUUGUAGCAGAUGUGAAUACAAGACAACAAAGUUUUCUUUCUUUUCUUAACAUGUAUGCAUUCCCCAGACUUCAGCUACAGGGAAAUAGGCCAUUUUACAGUUAUGGAUGGAAGCGAGGGUGAGGGUGACCUUGUUUUGAUACAAACCUUCUUUGCUUUGUUAUGGAAAUUGUUCUUGAAAAAUACUAGUAAGCAUAAGAAUAACUUGAUUUACAUAAUAAAGCAGGAAGGUUUGUAUCAAAACAAGGUCACCCUCAGCCUCGCUUCCAUCCAUAACUGUAAAAUGGCCUAUUCCCCGACACUUGACAGUUUCGAGUUGGAAUAGUGGUCGCAAAAUUUGAAGAAGUCCAAAUUCAUCUGAUCAGUUAUGUUUUUGCUGUCAUCGCCACCGUCCGUGUUAAAGCUCUCUAAUGUCCACUUUACAGGUUAAAUUCAGUUGAAGAUUUAAUGGCCAAUCCAGGACUGGUUGCAGAGACCAAAGAAGUUCUCAAAACGUUACCCGACUUAGAGAGAUUGCUGAAAAAGUAGGAGAAAUUUGUUUAAUUUCUUUCCUUAAGUUAGAAAAAAAGCAGUGGUAUCCGGAGAAGCUACAGAUCGUAGCGCGACGUUUGUUCUCAUCCUUCACUUAGUUUUGUUGUUGUUGUUGAUGAUGAUGUUUUUUUAACGAGAUGGGCAACUUAAUAGGUCUUCUGUUGUGUUAAGAAGAAAUCAUACAUUUUCGACCAAUAAAAGACAGGAGAUACGGAUGGAAGCUGAGUCUGUUGUUUGUUUUCUAACAGGAUCCAUACGCUGAGUUUGCCUCGAGACAAGAAUCAUCCAGCUCACCGGGCAAUACUUUACAAUGAAGACACAUACAGGUAAGGAUCAAUUACCUUAAGUUUUAGACUACAGUUCAACCUUUUUGGGGGUUCGCGUCACGUAAGCGACCAUCUCCCGAAAAAACCACAAUUUCUGAACCAUCAUCUCUUGUAAGCAAGCGCUUUUCGUCGUGAUUGUUUUACAGCUUUCUACUCUUUGUAACAUCUCGUUACAUGUGUAGCUUUUUUAAAAAAUUUUAACAAACUUUAUUACAAACGAAAACCGGUAAUCCACCACGUACAUGCAUUCCAAACUACCUACUUUUAAGAAGUCAAAAUAGAAAAACGAAAAAACAAAAACGAAAGAAUACAUAUAUGUAUACCGUAUAUCUACUAUAAUUCCUGUUUACAAUUUCAAAAACUAAGUUAUUGAUUUAAAAAAAAAGGCAGCAAAGAUUUUCACUUCUUUUCAUUGAUUACCAGGGCUCGAAGUUAUCUUUUUAGUGCACUUGCAAAGUUUUGCUAGUAAGAUUUUUUUCCGCUAGCAAACUGGUGAGACCACAAGAAAAUUAUUUCCCUUUGUUUGGGAGACAUGGAUAAUUCUAACUCGCAAUCGUUUGCUAGUGGAUAUUUUUCUUAAUCGCAGAUUAUCAAAAUCACUCGCAUUUUGCGAGUUUGCGAGCGUUAAUUUCGAACCCUGGAUUACACGAGUCAUUUCUAUUCUUUCUGCUGUACGUACUUCAUUACUCUGAGUAUACUAACUACGCCUAUCGUGACUCAUAAAUACCGGGAUGAGCCCUAGUAACAGUAAAAUACACCAGGUCACUUUAGAGAGGUGCUCAUAAAAUCCAUUCGAUCCCAUGAAUGCUUUUUAAAGGAAAGUCUCUUAGCCUAAAAACGAGCAAUACUUGCCCCCUAACGUUUAAAUGCACUGUUACUCAUGUUAUCACCUUACUAUUUUCUCACUGCAGCAAACGCAAAAUUAAUGACUUUCUCACUGUGCUGGAAGGUUUCAAUAAGGCGACAGAAAUAGUGACAUUGUUUAAAGACCAUGUCACUAACUUCAGGUAUGUGUAAAGAAGGGCGUCAAUUCGUUGUCUAGCAAUUUCCUGUAGACAGGAUUCUCUUUAACCGGGGGUAGCAGAGCUAGGUUAGGGAGAAGUGGGGCUUAUAUUUCCAUUUGUAAAUAGGUUUUCCGGUCAGUUCAUCACACUUCUACGAAAUCAUAGUUCAAAAUUGAAAUGAAUAAACAACCCUUUUUGAAAAGAGACCUAUAGGACUAAAAGAUACACAAUUUUUUAUUUCUGAAUUUGUAAAGGAUGAUGAUUUGUUACCUGCUAAAAUUGCUUGCAUUUUCUUUGUUUCAGAUCCAAACUUCUUUCUCAGGUUGUCACAGAAAAAAGUGGUGAUGAUGAAAGUAAAUCCACCGGACAGUUUCCUAGACUGCAUGAUCUUUUGCACAAAUUCAAGGUGCUUUGGGUGUACUUCUUUUAGAUUUUACGGAUGCUGUAUUUUCUCGAAUGCUAGUUCUUAAAUACUUGUAAAUAGUACCCUCAGGCAUUUUUGGGAGGUAUGAUGUGACUGAAGUGUAACAGAAAGUUAUACGCAGGCUGUCAAGAACAAUGAAUAAAUGAUUUUUUUGCUUAGUAUCUACCAACAAGACCGCAAGUUACUGUUUUGUAGGCUCAAACAAACGCUGGGUCUUCCAGGCAAAGUCGCUUGAAAUGAAAGUUGGGCAUUGAAAUUGCUGAAGACUUAAUCAGUUGUUUACAAAUGAAUCAAGCACUGUUAUUUGUUUUUUUCAGCACGCUUUUGACCACAACAAAGCUAGGAAUGAAGGUGUCAUUUUACCAAAGCCAGGUAACGUUGGAGAAGAUUCUGAAGGCAUUUGUCCUGAAACCAACCCCUCCAGGAAAAUCGUGGUCUGUUUGUUGUUUUAGGAAAAACCUUGUAAGAAUUCAGAUACCGUAAAAUUCCGAAAAUAAGUCUCGGGGCUUAUAUUUUUCAAAGGCCCUUUUUUGAGGGGCUUAUAUUCGGAGGGGCUUAUCUAUGGAGGGAAAUUUGCGUCUCAAAAUCGAUUGCGUUAGCCUUAUAGUUGGAAGUAAAUGUACCGUUUUUGCUUUGUUUUACCUUGUAUUUGAGGGCAAUUUUCCAAUUACAAGCCCCGGGGGGGGGCUUAUUUUUGGAGGGGCGAUUUAACGGAGAGUUUUUACUUUACCGCUUUGGGGGGCUUAUAUUUGGUGGGGCUUAUACAUGGAAGGUACAAGCUCUCACUGGACCAUUUUCAGGGAGUUGACUCGCCCAAAAGGCUCUUCUCUCACCCCCUGUUGUUCGUCAAUUGCUGAGACAAAUGUUGGCAAAAAAUGGUGACAGUACGCUGCUGUGACGUCAUCAGGUGCAUAAAUGAUACUAAAAUGUCAACUCAUAUGGGAAAAUUUUAACUUUCAAGAGGUUAAGGUAGGGUUUAAGUUCAUACAUCACAGACAGGUUUGGGAUUCUGCUUCAGUGUACCGCAGGGAAACUUGCCUGUACAUCAGACGGGUAAACAAACCUUUUCUUGUCUGAUGUCCUCGUUGAUUCAAAUGACGUUUUUGCAUUGUUUAUCCGCAGGGGUCGAUCCUGAUUAUGACGGGGCUCUGGCAGACAUUAAAGCGACAAAUGUCUGGUUUGAUCAGUAUCUUAAGAAGCAGUGUUCAGUGCUUGGAUGCAGGGUGAGUGCUUAGAAGUGAUUUCGUGACGCCCUGAGUUCACCGUCUUCUUCCCUGACACGUGGCACGUUCUCGUCCAAUCAGUUAGGAGGUUUAGCAAAAGAUUAUAUAAGCUCACUGUUCACUAGGUCUUAAGUCAAAUCGUUUUAUGGGUCAGUUAGUUUGAGCACUGCACCGGUAAUGUAGGAGUCGUGGGUUUCAAUUCCUUUUAAGGAACGGAAUCCUUUUUAAUGAACUGCGAAAUCCCAUGUGGACAAGAAUUCAUAGAUACUUUUUGAUUCACCAUGAUUCUAGUGAUCUUGGAUCAUAAAUCCUGAUCUCAAAGGCUUGCAACGUACUUGCGUAAUGUUUGUUUGUUUGUUUUUUUGUUUCUUUUCUAGGUCACGUAUUGGGGAUCAGGUAAGGCAGCAAGAAAUCCUUCUCCAAGAAAUUUAAUUUUAUUAUUAGAUUAUUGUUAUUUCUGCACGAAAGACAAAGUCAUUCGGAUCUAAGAUCUCGGAUGAUAGAAUAACACGUGAGUUUCCCUCGGCUAUGUUCACACUUAAUUCUCCACCCACAGUGAACCCUUAACCAGUUGCAAGUACUCAGCUGAUUAGCUAUAAGAGAUACAGAAGUAGUUUUUUCGGGGAUGACAAACGCGAAGAGUACGUGCUUUAUUACAGGGCGUAAUCAUACAUUACCACAAAGAUAAAAUUGAACCAAAAAACAUGUCCACACGAUAACAAACAAACAAAUACAAAUAACGCAUUUUUCUCUCCAUUCCAGCUAAGAACCGUUAUCAGCUUGAAGUUCCCGAUUCAAUCCGCAAGAUUCCUGAUGAGUAUACUCUGCAGUCGCAGAAGAAAGGAUUCAAGCGAUACUGGACUGCAGAAAUCGAAGCGAAACUGGCUGAGUUGGUUGAUGCAGAGGAGAGGCGAGAAGAAGCUUUAAAGAAUACCAUGAGACAUGUGUUUCACAAGUUUGACCAAGAGUAAGUCAUGAAUUCUACUGAAAUAUUGCAGUUUCCAUUAAAUGUUCGUAAUUGACUCGUUUUGUUCUGCCACUCUUUGUGAUUGGCUGAAUAAAUCUUGCGCCAUUUUUCAACCAGUCACGAGUAGGACCAAAACCAAUCAUGCCUUACUCAACUACUUUUCGCGCACUUUGCGUCAGUUUCGAGAUGGCCACAGUGAUUGUUUGAUGUGAAUUUCUGCUCGUAUUUUGAUUGGCCAGGGUUGUUACUUGGGUUUGACCUCACUAAAUUGAAAGCCGUUCUCUGUUGCAAAGUAGUGCAAUUCUAAUAGUCUUUUGUUAUCGCAAUAGCCUCUUACUUUGUUGCUCUCAAACUUGUCUACGCAUUCUUAAGGGUGUGACCGCAUGAUUCUUGUUUUGUGGUGUCUUAAUGAUAGGUAUAAGAUUUGGGACAAAGCAGUUCAGUGUCUGGCCGUAUUGGAUUCGCUGAUCAGCCUUGCUGCAUUCAGGUACACUACUAAUUUUGCCCCAGUUUACGACUAUUUCAUUUGACCUCUAUUACGUCCAUGCCUUAUAAACUUAACAGCUUUUCCGUCUAUGCAGUUCACUUCACAAGAGAACAAAGCUAUGUCCGCACGUGUCCUCCUAAGUUCAAACUUUGCGUUUUUGGCUCUUGUGCACACGUGAACUUGAACUGUGCAAAGUGAAAGGGAAAAUAUCGUUCUCGUUGUAUGUUUUCAUGUACAGACUCGCAUUGUCGAAGAAAUGAUCAUGUCUCAACGUGUAAAUGGAAUAAUCACCUCGAUACUAAUCCUGCCUUUUUUCUAGUUCUCAAGGAGAUGGUCCAAUGUGCAGACCAGAAGUCGUCCUUCCUGAUCAAACAUCUGAUGGAGAUUUUCAGGUAGGUAUUUGUUAAUGACAUGAAAAGGCUGUUACCGUAAAAUUCCGAAAAUAAGCCCCGGGGCUUAUAUUUUUCAAAGGCCCUUUUUGAGGGGCAUAUUUUUCGAGGGGUUAUAUUCGGAGGGGCUUAUGUACUGAAGGAAAUUUGGGUUUCAAAAUCGAUUGGGCUAGCCUUAUUUAAGGAAGGGAAUUUACUGUUUUUCCUUGUCUUUCUUUGUACUACAGGACCAUUCCCAAGUUCAACCCCCCCGGGAGGGGGCUUAUAUUCGGAGGGGCGAUUUAACGGAAGGUUUUUUUGCGUUACGAAUUUGGGGGGCUUAUAUUUGGAGGGGCUUAUUUUCGGAAUUUUACGGUAUGUUUUGAUAGUGACUAUAUUAUUUAAAAGCUACGAUGAAGUUGAAUAAUGAAGACCAGUGAUGAUGAGGUACAAUGAUCUCCUAACAGCUGUGACGUAUCAAGGAAGGGGGAUGAAAAACAUUUUGCUUUCAUUACUUGUCCUUGACGUUUACUCGCAGUUCAACUUAAGUAUAGUGAAAUAUUGCGUUCAUUUUGGAAUGUGUAUGAUAGGCUCGUUUAUCGUUUGCUUCAUGGUAUUGAUCGCGACGUUUCGACCUGCCCACUGGUGGUCAUCAUCAGGCGAUGGUCAAUUUACAGAGAGAGAUUACAGGGCUGCAAAUAGCGGCCGGUCAACGGACAAUGUCCGGUCAAAAAUAGAUUUUGUCCGGGCAAUUCCUUAGUUGGCCGGACAAUUUGUCCGGUCGUUUUCGCUGGUAAGGAAAAAAUUUAGAGUUUCAAGUUUUAAAUAUUUAAAGGUUCAGUAUUAUUGGCGUUUGUGAAAAAGGAGGGGAAAAGACGGAUACUUGACUACCAGACCAAGAACUUUUAAUGAAUGAUUCGUAGUAGUCAUAAAAUUUCCGCCAUUCACAAGAUGUGGUCCGAACAUGCGCGAAGCUCCCCUGCGCACGCUUGAAAAAACCUCUGGUACCCAGGGUAAUAUGUACCGGUCACGGGUGUGAAUUACUUUAUUAUUAGUCCGUGUGGGUUUUGUAAACAUGAGGUGAGAAGGACAACAAAACCUCUCAAUGUCCGUACAAGGGUCAUGGCACCCUUUGUCUUCAAAAUUUAAGUGUGAAAAUAACAAUAACAAGAAAGCAAGUUUACAUUCAUUUGUCUACUUGUCGACAUUUCCGUGUUAAUCACUUAAGCUAUAAAUACCGCGAUUAACUAAACAUUCUAUUUUCUAGGGAAGCAAACCUUUUUAGCAGUAAAUUCAGAUAUGACAACAUGUAAACUUUACCUGGCCUAAAUAGGUCUAAAUACGCGAUUCAUCUCAAACGAUUGACCGCGGAUUUCAUUGUGUUACGUGUUACGCAUGAUGCGUGGGUUGUUUAUAGAAAAUAUUUGAAAAAUUCUUCUCAAACUUGACUGAAGCAAAAAUGCGGUAAGUUUCACCGUUGACAGGGCGAAACACAAUGGAUUAGAAAGAAAUUGUAUUUGCGAUAACCCUUACAAAUGUUGUCAAUGUGGUAUGUAACGACUUCAGUUUAACAGGUAACAUGUGAACAUAGUCAUCAACGUCUUCAAAAACCCUUUCCAGUGCAUCCUGGUGUUCCCUUGUUACAUGUCCAAACUGCGUUUCCGCAAGAUGAUGUCCUCGGAUGUCUAAGAACUCUUCCAUUAUUGUAUUUUAAAAGUUCAAUCACGCAUCUUAGGGAAAUAGCUUCCCUGUUUCCGGUAACAUUUAAAAUCAACCAGAUUGCAAGCCUCAGUCAAUUUCAUCAACUUCAUAACUAACCGUAUAUAAGACGCAGAACUGAAGCAACGGUAGGACGCACUUUUGCUGUACCAUGCUUUCCACUUUUCCUGCAUUGAGAUCGAUGCCCAUGUAUAAUAAAUGCUUUGAAAAUUUACUUGUGUCAUAUUUAAAUUAACAUCAUGUGAAGGGAGGAGGGGGCACUUUUAUAGCAAGAAGACGUAAUCGAUGUUUGUCCGGCCAAAGAUGGGAUAUGUCCGAGCAAAAACAGGUUUGAUCGGACAAUUUGACCGGCGCCAGCCGGGAAAUUAUUUGCAGCCCUGGAUUAUUAGUAGCACCGUGGUUGCUUCUGAAUGGUGUAACACCAACCCUACUUAUGUUGACUCGAAACAUUUUUGUCACUGGUAGCGUAAGUAAUUGUUCCCUCAGUGAUCCUUUGUUUACUUUUCGGCCGCGGUGACUUCUGAUCAUGGACGGCCACGCUUUUUGGUUUUAUUUUCCACUAUCUGUAUUUGGAUAUUCUCUUUAACUCGGCAAGAGUACCAUUGAGUGUCUCGGUUAAUUAAUUAGCCUUUUGUGCCAAAGCGGUUAAUGCCUGGUCAUAUUUGCGUGUUCAGAAACGGCUGAACUCUGAGUUCUUGGAAACCGUCCUUGCUAUUUUCCUUAAUCCUUCGUGCGCUCAGAUUUCUUAAGUGCAAUGGGGCAACACCGAAGUAGUCAAUCUACGAGAGCAGAGGUCCAGCAACCUCAAAGAUGGACCCAAUAACAACUUGAGAAAGUUGAUGUGAGAAAUGCGUAUCUUAUUUGCCGAAAAAGGGUAGUUGCGGUUAGCGCGAUCACGAAAAGUGGCAAUACAAAAGAUGGAAAAAGAUGUGUAAGCUAGCUAGCAAUAGUUUCUUCAACACCAGGAAAAACCUCGAAAAGUGUUUUACAAGGCGUAACUAAGUCAGAUGAAUAGUAAACAACUGCUCUUCUAUAUCAAGUUGUUUUCAAUCAACAGCCUUUCUUGGAAAUUCGCGAUGGACGCCACCCCUGUAUUUCUCGCACGUUCAGUGGCGGUGAUUUCAUCCCAAAUGACACGGUUGUGGGAAUCAAAGACGUAAGUAUGGGCAUCUUGUCUACAAACAUUUUUAAGUUCCUGAUGAAAGGUAUCAAGUCCAAACUCAAGCGGACGUCACUAAGUCAUUCGUUAUCAUGCAUUGAAAAUAUUUCUCCGUUUUCGAUUGGCAUAAAUUUCACGGCACAACCAGCUAUCGUUGACCAUGUUUGGAAGAUGUUUGCCUUGAUUAUGCGAUAGAUUAAAUAGUAAAAUAUUACACUGAAAAUGGGGCGCAGUGGCUCAGCUUUUUCGGCAGUGCAGAGUAGGGGAGGAUAGCGGAAGACUUCACAGUUUAAGAUACGUGCAAACGGACGCAACAGCUCCAAGCAUUGUUGAGGCAACAAUGUUGGGAGUUGUUGCUUGUUUUUUUUUUGUUUGCACGUAGCUUAACAUUUGAUCGGUUUCAAACUUUGCGCAAGACCUCCCAACAACAAGUCACUAAGGGUGGAUUUCCACUGUCGCGUAGUUUUCCUCGCGUGCGCACGUAAAUUUUACGUGCGUUAAUAAAAUAGAGACAAUAGGCUGAUUUAGCAAAAGAACGGGAACGUGAAUUGACGACGGCGCGCGCAAAUCAAACAACUGGCCUGACCAAUGGCAGAGCCGCAAAUUGGGCACCGGAAGUCGUGUUUAGUCCUUUCCGCGCGCUUUUCUGUCGUCAACUGGCGUUCCCGUCCUGUUACUAAAUCAGCCUAAUGUAUGGAAGGUCACGCGUGUACGUAAAAGUUGAACCACGCUCGACUUUUACGUUUACGCGUGGCCUUUCAUACAUUUCCUCUAUUUCAUUUACGCACGUAAUAUUUACGUACGUUCGCACGGAAAAAUUCCGCGACAGUGGAAAUCAACCCUAACUCACCACUUUACAAACGAAAAGGAAACUUGGCCAAGUUAGCUUUUGCAAAGUAUUCUGGGAUGGUUACCGGAGACUCGCUGGUCAGCCAUUGGCCGACGUUUUUUCCUGGUCCCGAGUAACAGUCCCAGGAGUCUGUGCGAAAUUAAACUUGGUCCUGUUUUCUAUUCGUUUCUAAAGUAGCCGGUGGUUAAGACAUUUGAAAGCUGCAAAGUAGGUAUGAUAAUUACAUACUGAUAUUGCAUGAUUUAGAGCGUUGUGUGAAAAAGUUUUAGAUUCCUCUUAUGAUAAUGUUACAGCAAAAUAUAUUAUUUUCGUUACAAACGAAGUCAGUUUUUCCUUAUGUUUUUAGGAAAUUGACUGCGAUGAAGCAGCGGCAAACAGUGAAAGCACCUGCGUGUUAGUUACAGGUCCCAACAUGGGAGGAAAGUCAACUCUAAUGCGACAAGCGGGGUUGAUUGUCAUCAUGGCACAAAUGGUAAAGCAUUUCAUCUUAUUGUAGCUGUUACAAAAUAAUAGAACAAAACCAUUUUGAAAAGUCGUAUAGCGUAUGGUCUUUAAGGUUAAAACUUACGAAACAAACCCAGAUCGGCGAGUCAAUGACCCUGCGCGACUUUAAGUGAACUAAAAAGCAAAAUAGAGAGGCAUACACUCGAACACUAAUCCUAUGGAAUGGCUAGCAUCUCACGCUUGCGUACAAUCCAUGUGUGGUAGUGUUCAAAUGUGUUUCAAAUGUUUUGGUCAUAUUAAUGUUAUGAUUUUUAGAUAGACAAGACAAGAACUUUAUUUAUACUACACGCAUAAAAAGAGCCAUUAAAAACGACAAUACUACGUAUAUAAGGUACAAGCCACCUAGAAAAUAGGUGAAAAGCUAAUCUAGCUAGGAGACAUUAUAGAUCAAUUAAGAAUAUUAAAGAGGUUGGUUCAUGGAUGCACAAGUAUAAAGCAAUGUAAAAACUAACAAACAAUCAAAGAAAAGAAAAGAAAAAAACACAUGCACAGACUUGAAUCACACGAUAAAAUGACAAAUAUCAGGCACAAAUAGAUGAAGAAAUAAAGAAGGAGACUCUACAAAGCGAUUGAAGGGCAAAGAAAAUGAAAAACACGUUCACCAGGUCGAAACUAAAUCGGAGAUCAGAGAAACACGUCCGCCCCCGUGCACAACAACAACAACCAAUUUCUCUGGUCAACAAGGCCGUUGUAAUGUCCAUUAUCCUCCAUUGGGUCGCCAUUUUGGUUUGGUUACCCUCAAUCAAUCUUCACAGGGUAGUCUGUGCUAUCGAGCCGCAAGCUGAACACCCGCAAUGCUACUAUAUACGGUAGCCUCAAGGGCCUGGCAUAAAUGAGGUCUUUACAAAUGAAUUCUAGUUUUGUAAAUGAUAUGGUGUGUCUAACCCGAUUCCUUCCUGUUUUAACCGUGGCUAAAUUUGAUCCUUCCUUUAAUGUGCAUUGGCUAAAUUGGCUAAAUUUGAUCCUUCCUUUAAUCCUUCCUUCCUUCCUUCCUUCCUUCCUUCGUGCCUAAAUUUGAUCCUUCCUUUAAUGUGUAUUAACUGGGAAACAAUAGUGCGGUCUUAAAAAGUAGUAAAAUAUGAUGACUUUUGUUUGUAGGGUUGUUACGUUCCAGCUGAAAAAUGUCGCCUGACACCUGUGGAUCGCGUAUUCACCAGGCUUGGUGCUCACGACAGAAUCUUAUCAGGUAACUGAACACCGAAGUCCUCGAAAGUUUGUGAAUUUCUGUGGUGUCUUGUUCAAUGUUUAUGGAGUGCGUAAAUUGUGGAAACAGUUAGUUAAAGCCUUGCUUUUUUCCUUUUUCUUUUUUAGGUGAAAGUACAUUCUUUGUAGAGCUAAGCGAAACGUCCACAAUUCUUAGACACGCAACAAGACACUCCCUUGUUCUUGUGGAUGAACUGGGACGAGGAACCGCUACGUAUGACGGGACAGCUAUCGCAUGCGCAGUGGUCAGUGAACUGUCAAGGAACAUCAGAUGUAGGACACUCUUUUCCACUCAUUACCAUUCACUUGUGGAGGAAUUCUCCACUGAUGAUAAUGUUAGACUUGGUCAUAUGGUAAGAAAUUCUGAAAUUCGCUUAAUCAUUAAACCACAUGCUAGUGCUUUUGAUGUCAUAAAGUAGGAAAUACUAUUAUACUUUAUACUAAGUAAAUUUGCCGUGUUUGUAAGUUGUGACAUCAGACCUCUCUUUGAUAAAUGACCUGAAAAAGUAUAUUAUUUAACAGGUUAAAAACGUUCGCGGGGGGCGGGGGGAGGGGCAUGAACUUAUAAACGUUAUUAUUUUUCCAGGCCUGGGAGCUGAUGGGACAAGUUUGGAACAUAAAUAGCCAUAUAGAAUGUUUAUCGUUGUUUAUCGACGAGUUCUGACGUAGUUCGUAUAAAAUACCUACGAACAAUAAUUUGAAAACAUUUGCUUAACAUUAGGUACAGUGGAACCCCGUUAAUACGGUCACCAGUAGGCCAAAAAAAUUUGGCCUUAUUAACGGGUGACGGUAUUAAUGAGGUAGCCGUUAGCUAGGGUCUCACUGUACUAGGAAUUUAAAAAGGUUUUUGCAUUUAAUUCAAGGCUGUGUUAAACUAUGUUCUUGACUUUGUUCUAUUUGGGAAUAUCUAGCAAUAUAAUUUUGGUCUUUCCAGCUUACGAUUUUUCCCUUACAAUAUUUAUUUUUUUUUUUUCAGGCCUGCAUGGUGGAAAAUGAGAAUGAACAUGGUAAAGAAACGAUAACAUUCCUGUAUAAGUUCGUCAAGGGCGCAUGUCCCAAAAGUUAUGGUUUCAAUGCUGCUGGAUUGGCUGGCAUUCCUGAUGAGGUGAGUUGACAAUUCCUUACAUUUGUCAUCCAAUAUUUUCCUAAGAAAAUCGUACCGAGUGCAUUUGUUGAGUUUCUUUUUAUACGUUUCUAAGUAAAAGUAUUGCAUUCUUUCUGACCAAUCAUAGUGCGCCCAUUUAUUAAACAUGUUAUAAUAUUUUUUUUUUUUAGGUUACUUCGGUGGCUAUUAAGAAAGCCCGACAAUUUGAAGAAAGCGUGGAACGUGUUAAGUUGUUCAGGUAAAGGAUAACCCUUCAGCCUAACCGCACCAAAAGAAAGAACCUCUAAACAGGCCACUUCCAAGUUUCACCAAGCCUCUGUUUCAAAGCGAGGCUAAGAGCGAAACCAUUGAAAUGAAACUGACUGUUUAUUCUUAUGCAAAUAUAACUCAUUUUCGCCAGAAAGGUUUUGAAUUUAGCCUCGUUUUGAACGUGAGAGUUUGCCCACCUCCCCCCUCCCCUAAACUAAAAUUAACACUUACUUCUCAGUUACGGCAAAAUGUUGGCUUACGGGCGGAGUAGGUGGGCAGUUUCCCAGAAACCUUAAUUGAUCCACUGCUUUCAUCACUAGUCACAUCACUCUUGUCACUUACGUCUUUGGUUAGUAACUAGGACGAGUGGGAGUUUUGUGCACAAAAUAGCCUUGAAAUUCCAACUCAUUCUCGCACUAGAUCUCGUACUCGCAGUCAAAUCCAGAGGUCGAAAACUACUGGGAUUCCAUUACUGGGAUUAACGUGCACUUAUUUAUGUCCAGGAUUGAACACAGUCGCAAUUUUUUUUUCUCAAUUUUCGCAAAAUAAGAUUUAAAGGAAACGUCUGUCAGAAAUGUAUAAAAUAAUUAGCAAAUAUAGCAAGAAUAACAAAUUCAACAAGGAUUGCAAGCUGUAGCAAACAUUCAGCAAAUGUUUGUCGCAAUUUUAGCUACAAGGUAUUCUUGCUUUUUUUGUGAUAUUUGUUACUAAGUGUUUUUGGAUGACAAGAAAAUUUUUUGUUACUUCUGUGAUUUUUGCGAAAUUUUCGGCCUUCUCGAGGCCCUUCUCUGCCUUUUGCCUUUAUAAGCCUAGGAUUUUGUUCAAUUUGGUAUUCUUGCUAUUUUUGCGAUAUUUGCAAGGUGUCUCACAAAAUUUUCUUGUGAAUCAGUUUUUUUUUAUUUUUGCUAAAAUUGCGAAAACAAAAUUGGCUGAGAGAAUCUGAUAAAAGAUCAAAGAUUUCUCCCUUAGGUGAUUAUUUUUGUAAUUCUCAUAACAUUUUUUUCGUGUGUAUUUGUAUUGAAAGGAGAAAGUUGAUGUUGGUCACUCUUUACAAGGAACUUAUGAGUAAAUAAAUUAAGGAGAAAUUUAAUACGCUGAUAACCGUUCAUGUCUAUAUUUUUCUUUCAGAACGCUUCUUUCAAAAUCAACCACCUUGACUGAAGAUGUUAUGACUUUACAGCAAAAGCUCACUUGUCAGUAGACCGUGUUUUUCCAAGAAAACCAGUCUUAGGGUUGCAGUGUUUUAAAAAUGAUGUCGGUUCAAACCGAUUAACGUUAGAGCUAAAAACAGAGAAAUCAUCGUGGACAUUCCAGUGUUACUGUUUCAAUAUGUCUUUUGGAGGGCAAAAAAAUUAAAGAGUUAAUCUAUUUUCAAACUUUUCUUUUUUUAUUGACUAGAAAGUAAGUUUAUGAUUAGAUACAUAGGAAAUCAUUUGAAAAAAGGAAGCGUGGCUUUAACAGUUCCUUUUCACAUGACGUCACGGCAGCCAUGUUGGUAUUCCAAAACAAUGCAACCGCGGGCAUUUUGGUGUUCCAAACCAAUCCUAUGGGAGUUGAACUCUUUUCUAAUGCAAACGCUUUCUCUGGCCAUGUGGUUGAAAACGCUCUGUUGGCUCAAAAUGAACCGUGAAAUGCGUUGUUAACGACAAGGGUUAUUAAAAUCUACGUAAUUUGCUACAGCGCGUGACAAAAUCCCAUGCGGAUACUUUCCACUCUGCAGUUCUCCUAGGCCUCCACUGCUUAAAAAUAACAACCGCGCGGGGGAAGAUGAAAAGAGUAAAGCCGGACACUUGCCACAUGCUUCGAUUCACGUUAACCGUAGAUUGCAGUAGCAAUGACCAAUUGCCUGUUUAAAGCCCCCGUCCAGUUUUCUGCCCUUCCGAAGCUCGAAAAAAGAUGCCAUUGGUGCAACUGGUUAAAUGACCUUGUUUAUUUUCCGUUCAAAUAUCUCUCCUUUUCUUAUUGGAGGAAAUCCCCCGGGUAAUUCUUCAUAGCCAGGUAGCGUUGACCAAAUUUGGAUGGUGUUUGCGAUAUCUUGUAAAAUUACGUCAAUAGGCGCCAGGAAAGGGGACGAGAACCGAUAAACUCUGUCGACACUUAAGGUUGCGUUUGCUCAGUUGUUUCGGUAGAGCUGGAGAAAAUGGCGGAAAAUCUGACAUAUUUUGCGAAGAAGAAAUCGCCCAACUAAUACCUAAAAACACGAACAGCAAAAAUAGAACUUGACGAAUGACAACUGCUGUUUGAAGGAUGCUGGUUCAUGUCCUGGAUUUGCCGUGGAACAGAUAAAUGAAUCGGUCGGGGUAAGCAUGUUUAGAAGACUUAUUUGGAAUAAAUAUAUGAUAAAACAAUUAUUGCGUUCGGCCUUUGUAUGAUCUGAAGAAUUGUGCGGAUCAAAGAUAUUGGGUCUCAGCGGAUCCUCCUCGAUCUUCACGAUUCUUCAGAUCACACUUGGGCCCUGUUUACAUGGAGGUAGGGGACCCCAGAUAGGUGAGGUAAAUUAUGGCGGGUCACCCCACCUAUGAUGUAAACGUGAUGAAAUUAAAAUGAGAGAUUAUAUGGACAAACGGGUUACCCCACCUAAGCUGGUUACCUCACCUACCUGGGGUCCCCCACCUCCAUGUAAACAGGCCCUUAGCUUCCUCCAAUAAUCGGUAAGUAUUAUUAUUGAACCAACAAUCGAAUGAGGUGUAAAUAUUGGCCUAUUUUGGGGUUGCGUGUGAUGUGUCGAAUUGCACUGUGGCGUUCUUUUGGAAAAGCAGUGGCUUUUCUCACUCUUGCUAUUACAGUGUUGCGUGGACAGUGGCUCCGAAUUCGUUCCCUAAUACGGUGCCAUUCAAUACAACACCAACAUAGUCUGUAACGCUAUCUCCAAGUGGCCAUCCAGUUACAUAUUACAAGAAAUUUCUCGUCGAGACCAGUUCAAAAAACACCUGGCUAUCAUUGGCGAGAAAAAAGCAGUUGGCACUCUUUUUCAACAUAUGUCAAAAAUACUAAUUAAUGAAUAAUGCACAGUCAGAGCCGGUUGUUUUUAUCUAAGGUAUCCAUUAACAGAACAGCAGUCUACCGGGGUCUAGAUCAUUUUUUAUUUAUUUCACUCUUACUUUAUUACCAUUAGAGUGUGGAAUUUUCAAUAGACCUUGUCACGGUUUUCGACGCCAUCUUGACAAGUGGGCAAACGCGUGGGAAAUUACAGUGUUUGUAUGAGAAUCUAAUGUCGAAUAAUUUCCGUAGAACGGCUGUUCUGAAAAAAUGUGAUUUUUAAACUAAAGCUUCACUCCUAAGGAUUCUCCUGAAAACAUUUGAGGGCGUUACAUGCACUAGAAGACCUAGAACCACUUUUUAAAAUUUUCUAUACAUUUGACCGUAAGAAAGUCCUGGGAAAAUUACAGACAAAUAUAUGGAAAAUCUAUAUCAAGCCUCUGGAGAAAUUCAAGCACAGGUACGCCCCCAAAAUUUUUAGGACAAUCCUUUGCUUUGUAGCUUUAGUUUAUAAUUGAUAUUUUUUUUCAGAACAACCGUUUUACGGAAAUUAUUCGACAUUAGAUUCUCAUACGAACACUGUAAUUUCUCACACGUUUGCCUACUCGUCAAGAUGGCGUCGAAAACCGUGACAAGGUCUAUUCGGUGUUAUGGGCACGCUCGCAAUUAAAAUUUCAAGUUCAUUGUUUUGCCACAAUGCAAAACAUGAAGUACUUGAAUAUUAAAAAGCUAAUGGCUAGGAAGCCUAAGGGAAACCACCAGGCUUAUAGGUAAAAGGCUCUCACAAUAACUUAACGGAAUAUUAAUAGAAGUAAACAAUUCAGGUCAACAUACAGGGACACCCAACGACUGUUUUAUGUAAAAUAUCUGUUCGGAUGUUGCCUAGAAUUUUCUUGUGCUUGAGCACGGCAAACGUUCCCUUCAUGCACAAUUUUCGAAGCUUAUCUAAUAAAUUCCCUACGAAUUUCUGAAGUUUAAUUUUUCUAUUUUACUACCCAGGUUACACUAUUUUUUUCAUAGAAAAGGAAACCUUAAAUUUUCAGAUUCUAAAAUGUGAUGGAGAGAGGGAUCAGAAAAAUUCUCACUUUCGUGAAACGUUAAAUUGCACCUAAAAUUUUCCGGAAAAUAAUACUGAAGCCCUUGUAAAUUUCGAAAAGACUUAGGUUCCCCUAGGAUGACUGAACAGAUAAAAAUUUUGUAGCGCCGCUUAGAAUGCAUAAUUAAAGUACUUUUGAUAGCCUCAAUAGUGUUUUUCAACGUAUGUUGGAGGAAACCAUCAUUAGGUGCCCCUGAAUAUAUUAGGUAUAAGUGUUAGGCACAGUUAGGCUAAAAACUAUCCCCUGGCUAAAAAUUGCUAAGCAAAAAGGGUAAAAAUGAAGAGGAGAGGCAAAGAAAAACUGUUUUUGAUAAAAGGACUGCUUUCAGUUUACAGGAAAAGGGGGCAUACAAAUUGAUUAACGAACACUGUUCAUUCAGAGCUGGCAUUAUUCCACCACGGUAUCUAUUAACCGAAAAGUAGUCUACCUGGGUCUAGAACGUUAUUUACUUAACUCGUACGUUUUUGCAAUCAAUUAAACACUUUUUUCGUUAACAAUUUCCAAUUCGUUGUGGUGGGAACGGGCUGAUUUGUUUCAAGAGCAUUUUUUUUUGCACGUAGUUUCAAAGUUCAAACAUAGAUUGCCGGAGGGUUUUCUUGGCGUCUUUUAUACUUAUAGCAUGAAAAUACAACAUAUAAAUGCCUGAGGGGUUAAUAAAAACGCCAGUCUCAAAUCCGGAGUGAAAAGGAAAAAGAAUUAACGUUAUUUCUAAAUUUGCUAAAAAUGUACCCUAACUAGUUUGACCCUCAGAUAGUUUACAUCAAGCGCUGUUCUUGAAAAUCGAAUACGCGACAACCGGUUAUUAAAUCAUUCCAAUUAUUAAACAAAUGCGGGAGAGCGUUAACUUUGUUUCAUAUAUAUUGUUAAUUGCUCAUAAACGUCAUUUGCAAGACAAAACAGUAUACUGAAGCACAUAUUGCUGUGGCGGAUCGGAAUACGGUCAUCAGUCAGUAGUUUCAACAUGUUUUCUAGGUUCUGUGAGUCUAGACUACAUGAAUUGGAGGAACUUGUUGAACGUCAAGAAAAGUUCAUGAAAAUUUUCUGUGUUUUAAACCUGGUGUUUUCGCUGAUGGCAGUAAUUGGAAAUUUCCUGCUUAUCCGUGCCCUAUGGGAAGCGUCAUCGAUAACCACCAACAUCAAAAAGCUCUUCUUGAGCCUCGCCUUUUCAGAUCUGGCUGUGGGUUUGUUUUCGCAACUCUGCUUUGGUGUUUUAAUCGCGAUAAUGUUGAACUCGACAUCGACGGAGGAAAUUCCAUUCUGCCCAACAGUCUUAAAUGCAAGUUAUUUCUUAAUUUUUGCUUCCUUUCCGCGUCUUUUCUGA